AUGCGGUUCAACACCCGCUUGGCUGGUGCGGUCUGAGUUCUGACGGCGGCUUCAAAGGCCGUUUGAGAGCGUCGUGGAAUUUCAACAGGCGCCUUGCCUUCUAGGACGGCAGGCCGACCCUACUUUGGCAGCCGCCGAUCUCGAGGAAACACUCCUCGAGCAGUUUACAGAUGGUGUUUCGGGCCCGGAGGUUCGCAAAGCACCCCUCCGUCAGCAGCCGUCCAAGUUGGACGACGCACUUCGCCUUGCCCAGCAAGAAGAGGCGCUCCAGGCUGCCUGUGCCACUCACCUGCGGGGUUGUGUUGGAGUAGCCUCUUUGCGGUCUCAAUCGGGUGUGGACGUCAGCACUCAGACGCCCUGGAGUCAGUGCGCGUGUGGGUCUUGCUCCCCUCAGCAGACUAAUUGGCGCCGACCUCCGAUCCGCCCCUCUACCGGUCACCAAGGACGUCGACCCAUUCAAAUGGUUGAUGUUGAGCAGGAAGACAAUAGUUAG